AUGGCAGACGCUGUCAGCGCUGCUCCCUCAGCUACCACGGAAGUAGAGAGAUUCAUAGCAGCCAAAUCUGCAGCAGCGCUUGAAGAAUUCUACGCGAAAAGUAGAAGAGAUGUCCUUGCGGCCCAACAAGAUCCUACAGCAGCAAAUCGACUAGACAACAAUGCUUCUGUCUGGGCAAACAAGGAGGGCGGCUUCCCCGUGGCCGAUGCUGGGAUCGACCGUGUGCAGUGGGCCAGUGACUGGGACAGGGGUCUGGAGCAAAUCCUGGCGGCAUCCGUUCAAGGGACUACAAUGAAGGAGCUCUUCAACACCUCGCAAUACGAAGACUGCAGCCCGAAGGACUGGUUCAUGCUCGUUGGCGACGAGCGACGGCGCGAGGUUCUCAGCCUUGCCAUCGAGGAUACGUGCUGGUGUUCCGUCCUCGGUCAAGAUGCUCGCGCUCUUUGCCUGGAGAUCAAUAGUACUUCUCUCCUGAGGCGACGGGGACUCGAGCUUUUCGCAUUCCACGACCGCUACAUCGAGUCGGCUUCAUCGACUUCUACCGGCAGGGAUAUGGUUCGGAGUAAAUGGUGGUCCAGUGCGCUACGACUGGACGAUGUCCCGCAGGUACAGCAUGCUGGAUAUCGGUACACAUAUGAUCUGUAUACGGUCACCCGAAGCUACUUCCUGUUCCAAUUUACUUGGCUCUCAUGGCAGCACAUUCUCGGUGCCUGGAUGAGGGAUAUGCAGGGCCAAUCAAUGGUAUCCCGCCUGAUCUGGAACGCUGGUCCCAAGGGCAUCCAGGAGAUGAUCUCCAUGCGGAAGGAAGCAAAAAACGGAGCAGGUCAGCGCUGCGAACGGUGCGACCGCACGCCCGAGGGCUUUGCUGCCGAUGUGCGGUUCCUCAUCUGCGGUGCGUGCAAACGCGGACUCAACUUCACUUACCACUAUUGCUCCAAAGCGUGCCAGAAAGCGGACUGGCCCACGCACAAGCUCGCCUGCGGAAAAGAGAAGAUCUCCAAGGCACGCGCAGAGGGUCGCCCGGAGUACAAGCGCUCGUUCAACUUGCUUCUUCAGCUAGCCAUGCAGACUAAGGAGCCGAGCGCCGACUACCUCCUGUUCAAGCUCGAUAGAUCAUUCUCUGCGAGUGCAACCCCGUACAAAGUGGUAUUCCCGGACGACGACAGCAGCCAAGAGAAGCGCGCGCUCUUCAAGCAGAAACGCGACCUGGCGACCAUCGACGCGGACCGAACGGGUCUCGAUAUUGUCGCGAAGUGCCUUGUGAACGCUCUCGCAGCGGAUUCUUGUUCAUCGGGUAUCACGCAGGAGCAGAUCGUUCGGCAGCUCACGGACGAGUACGAAGUGGAUGUGCGGUCGCGCUUGGAAAAGUUGCAGGCGGAUUUGGCGAUAGAGGGCGACGAGCAGCGGUAUGUCGGAAUGGUGAUACAAGGCAAUAUUGAUCUCCACGAGUGGUCCAUCCCGUUUCGUAUGAGCGAAGAGCAAGGGUGAAGUAAGCUAGACGAAGGCGAGCGGUAAUUUAUAGUACUUAGCCUAUCUUCGACAUCUUCGCGACACAAUCUUAUACUAAC